UUAUGUAUUUUUCUCUUUCCGUCUACUCUUUUAUUUUAGCUGUUCUGCCCGGCAGCCGUUACAGGGUUUGGUAGAAGCCAGAGUGUUCCAAAUGGCUCGACUCAUUAGGAACAAACAAGGAGUACCCUCCACUCUCCUGACUCGCUUUCUUAACUCACCGAGUUCUCUCCUGACUCUUCCCUACUACUCUACCUCAAAGAGAUCUCUUCGAACCCUAGCUUAUGAAGAAAUCCAAGCCAAUCCAAACAAACCCUAUACUCACACGGCUUUCAUCCUCCAUGGCCUCUUAGGCUCCGCCCGCAACUGGCGUUCGUUUUCUCGCACCCUCGUUUCCUCUCUAUCCGACUCUCCUUCCGAGUGGAGGAUGGUGCUGGUGGAUUUAAGGAAUCAUGGGAACUCAGCAGAGAUGGAAGGGUUGGAUCCGCCCCAUGAUUUGGUAAAUGCAGCUAAAGAUUUGGGUAAUUUGAUCAAUUCCAAAGGCUGGGAGUCGCCUGAUGUUGUCAUUGGCCACUCCAUGGGUGGCAAAGUUGGUUUGCAAUUUGCCAAGAGUUGUGGAAACAGAGAUUAUGGUGAAAAUGUCAAACUUCCCAAACAGCUUUGGGUACUCGAUUCUGUCCCUGGAGAAGUAACAUCUGACAACAGUGAUGGUGAAGUAGAAAAGGUUUUGCAGACAUUGCAAAGUUUACCUUCAACAGUUCCAUCACGGAAGUGGCUUGUUAAUCAUAUGCUUGAUCUGGGCUUCUCUAAGUCUUUGUCGGAGUGGAUAGGCACCAACCUCAAGAAAGCUGGGGGAGAAGAGACAUGGGCCUUUAAUCUUGAAGGUGCUGUCCAGAUGUUUCAUUCCUACAGGGAGCUGUCAUAUUGGUCUUUGUUGGAGCACCCUCCGAAAGGGCUGGAGAUAUCAAUUGUACGUGCGGAGAAAAGUGAUCGGUGGGAUGCUGAUGUUAUUACUCGGCUUGAAAGCCUUGCUAGUCCAGAAGGAGAUGGAUCUGCUGGGAAGAUUUCAGUUCAUGUUCUUCCCAGUUCUGGCCAUUGGGUCCAUGUGGACAAUCCCAAGGGCCUUCUUGAGAUUAUGGCACCCAAGCUGAAGUCUCUAAUGCCUUAAUGUAAUUUUAAGAGGCUCUGAUACAGGUUUGAACCUAUUCUGCUUUGGGAUUCAUAAAUUGCUCUACAUUUUAGUCAUUAGGCUGCUGAGCUGGUUUAUUGCGGGGCAAAAUGGUUUACCUAUGAAUUUUCUUAGGAUUGCAAUAAUCUUGUUGGGAAAUGAGACCUAUUAUUGUUGUUUCAUUUGGCAUUCUUGAAGGCGAUGUGAUUGAUUGGUUAAUAUCAUUUUGCUUAUGUUUCCCUUC